AUGAAAAAAAUAAUUAUGGUUAUUUUUUUUCUUCUAAGCAAGAUAUGUAAAUAUAAUGCUAUUUUAAAGUCUUUAAAAAAAAAGAAUAAUAAAAUAGUUUUAAAUAUAAUAACCAAAAAACAAGAGCCUCAUUUAUAUCAUAAAUUAUACAAUAAUAUUUAUAAUAAUAAGAAUAAAAUUAAGAUUAAGAAGAAGGAUAAUAAAGAAGCCUCUUUUUUUUAUAUAAAUAAUUCUAAGAAAAAACUUUUUGACGAACAAGGGAAUACAUUAAUAUUACAUAAGAGAAAUAAUUGGAUUAAUAAAAGAGAUAAUAUUGUGGAAAAUCAUAAGAACAUAAAAACCAAAAAACAUCUUUUUUUAAAAUUAUUUAUUAGUAAAAAUAAUUAUAUAUAUAAUACAAAAAUGUUUUCUUCAUGUAUUAAUAAUAAUUCUAAUACAAACGAUGUAGAGGUUAUGAAAAAGAAACUUGUGGUAGGAGAAAAUCCUCAAUUUAUAAAGAAGAGAUUAGAAAAGUUUAAUGAAAUAAAAGAAAAACGUAAACAAGAAUUAGAGGAAAAUUUUGAACAAUUAAGGAAACCUAUAACUAUCGAAUUAUUAGAUGGUUCUAUUAAAUCAGGAGAAAGUUAUGUGACCACACCUUUUGACAUAGCUCUUUCCAUAUCCAAAAGAUUGGCUGAAGAUUCUAUAGUAUGUAAGGUAACGUAUUUAGAAAAGGUGGACGUGGAAUUAUGUGACAUAGAAGAGGGGGAUGACCAUAAUGAACAAACCAACGAUGCGCUUGAGGAGAACAGUAAAGAGGAUAAAAAUGAAAAUAAUAAUAAUGAAAAUGAAAAUAAUAAUAAUGAAAAUAAUAAUAAUAAUAAUGAAAAUAAUAGCGAUGAUGGUCAUAAUAAUUACAAUAAUUACAAUAAUUACAAUAAUAAUAAUAGUUAUAGCCAUACAAUGAAAAGUAUUUUGUGGGAUCUAAACGUUCCUCUUCUUGGGAACUGCAAACUAGAAUUUAUUAAUAUUCAAUCAGAAGAAGGACAAAAAAUUUUCUGGCAUUCUUCUGCUCAUAUUUUAGGUAGUAGUUUAGAAAAAUUGUUCGGAGGAUUUUUAACCAUUGGUCCAGCUUUAAAAGAAGGAUUUUAUUAUGAUAUUUUUUUAAAUAAUUUUUCUAUUAAUAAUGAAGAUUAUAAAAGAAUUGAAGAUGAAUUUAAUAAGUUAGUUAAAGAAAAUGUUCCAUUUGAAAAGGUUAUAUGUACAAAAGAAGAAGCAUUAGAAUUAUUUGAAUAUAACCCUUUUAAAUUAGAACUUAUAAGAUCAAAGAUUCCAGAUAAUAAAAAGACGUCGGUUUAUAAAUGUGGGAAUUUUAUAGACUUAUGUUUAGGUCCACAUAUAAAGAAUACAGGAAAGGUAAAGACAUUUAAAGUAUUGAAAAAUUCGUCAGCUUAUUGGUUAGGACAAAAAGAAAAUGAUAGUUUACAAAGAGUUUAUGGUAUAAGUUUUCAAAAAAAAAGUGAAUUAGUAGAAUAUUUAAAAUUUUUAGAAGAAGCUAAAAAAAGAGAUCAUCGUAAUGUUGGGAAAAUAUUGAAUUUAUUUUUUUUUGAAAAAGAAACAUCACCAGGUUCCUGUUUUUGGUUACCACAUGGUUCAAAAAUAUAUAACAAAUUAAUAGAAUUUAUAAGAAAAGAAUAUCGUAUAAGAAAGUAUGAAGAAGUUAUAUCUCCAAACGUAUUUAGUUGUGAUUUAUGGAAAACAUCAGGACAUUAUCAGAAUUAUAAGGAUUGUAUGUUUUUGUUUAAUGUUGAGAAUAAAGAAUGGGGAAUGAAACCUAUGAAUUGUCCAGGUCAUUGUUUAAUGUUUAAACAAUUAAAUGUCUCUUAUAGAUCAUUACCUGUACGUCUGGCAGAUUUUGGAGUUUUACAUAGAAAUGAAAUAUCAGGAAGUUUGAGUGGAUUAACACGUGUAAGAAGAUUUCAACAAGAUGAUUCUCAUAUAUUUUGUUCAAUGGAACAUAUAAAACAAGAAGUUCUAAAUACAUUAAAUUUUCUCUUUUAUGUUUAUAAUUUAUUUGGAUUCAAAUAUGAAUUAUUCCUUUCAACACGACCUAAGAAAUUUAUAGGACAAAUAUCUACUUGGAAUCUCGCAGAACAACAUUUAAAAGAUGCUCUAGAUGCAGCAAAUAUUCAGUGGAAAAUAAAUGAAGGAGAUGGAGCUUUUUAUGGACCCAAAAUCGAUAUACUAGUAAAGGAUAGUUUAAAUAGAACACAUCAAUGUGGAACUAUACAACUAGACUUUCAAUUACCUGUUCGAUUUAAUCUACAAUAUAAAAAUAAAGAAUAUGUUAAUAAUAACGAAAAAAAUGAAAAAAAUCAUGACAAUGAUGAUAAUAUACAUAACAAUAAUUGUCUUAAUCAUGAUGAUCUUCAUAACAAUGAAAAGAAAGAAUUUAAAGAUCCACAAAAUCAUAAUGAAGACAAAGAACAUAAUAAUAUACAUGAUAAUAAUUCUUUAAAGCCUAAUAUAAAUGAAGAAGCAUUAUUAAAAAAAGGAUUCGAAAGACCUAUCAUAAUACAUAGAGCUAUUUUAGGUUCUGUUGAAAGAUUUGUCGCUAUACUAAUUGAACAUACAGCUGGAAAAUUACCUUUCUGGUUAUCACCAAGACAAGCUAUUGUCUUACCGAUUAGUGAUAAAUAUAAUGAUUAUGCUAAUUAUGUAUAUGAAACAUUGCAUAAUAAUAUGUUUGAUGUAGAUGUAGAUACCUCGGUCAAUACAUUAAACAAAAAGAUAAGAGAAGCGCAAUUAAAACAAUUUAAUUAUAUUCUAGUUGUUGGUGAAAAGGAAUUAACAACUAACACUGUAACUUUAAGAGAUAGAGAUGAUCAAAAUAAUCAACAUGUCUAUACCAUUCAAGAAUUGAUAGACAAAUUUAAUAAGCUCUUGGAUGUAAACUCUAGGAAAUUUAACCAAAUAAAGGAAUUUAACUCAAACCAAAGCACUUAA